UCUGGAGGCAGCAGCGGAUCUGGAGGCAGCAGCGGAUCUGGAGGCAGCAGCGGAUCUGGAGGUAGCAAUGGAAAUGGUAGCGGCAGCAACAAUAACGAUGGCAAGACUUCUUCUUCUUCUUCGAACGGUAAGAAGCCCGACGAAAUUGAUACCAACAGCAGCAGCGGCGACAACAAUGGAAGCACCAACACUGGCAGCGGCUCUAGCAUCUAUGUCAACGAAACGGGCAGCAACAACGGCUCCAGCCCACACAAAGGCAGUUCCAGUGGUGGUGGUAAUGGCGAUGAUAAGGAUGACGACAAGGAUGAUGAUGAUAGCAAGAGUUCAGAUCCUGUUAGCUCGUUGCUCUCGAAUGUUUCGGGCUUGUUGGGUGGCAUUCUGCGGCGCUAGGUGAUGUUCAGUAGUAGUAGUUGUUGUUGCUGUGUCGAUUGUUGCGAAAGGGUAAGCGGCGGAACAACUGUUAUAAUGGGUCAGUAUUUAGUUGUAGAGAUUGUUGCUACUUAGUUUGAGUUUGGUUUCGUUGCUGGUUACUGGUUACUGGUUAAUGGUUACUUCCUAGUUUGGUUCUUUGGUUCGUUUAAAUGUAAUAACUGCUUAUUUAUAUCGAGAAAG